AUGGCUUCGAAUUCGCAGGUUGGAAAAAUUGUGGUCGUCGUUGCACUCACAUUAUUUCUGUACUAUUUCUUUUGGGUAUCCAUAUUGCCGUUUAUGUUAAUUGAUGAAGGUAACUUCAUACAUUCGUUAUUUCCGCCGCUUGAAUAUGCAUUCAUAUUUCCUGCAAUAUUUGGAGUGAUAUUUAUUGGUGGCAUAUCAAUAUACACGCUGUACCACAUUUGGGAUCAUAUUUGGAAGAAAAAAACUAUUUAA